AUGACUAUUGGGGGCGGUGCCAUUUUGACGGAAGGACUGGCCAAUGACACUAAGCGGACGCUUGCAUACGGGACAGAGGUGCGAGUUGCUGGUCUGUUUAACAUAUAUAACAUAUACAGCGAAGAAAAGUGCAGUGAAAUCAACAUAGCGUCGGUUCAAGCACUGGAAUCGGCCUUCUGGAUAUUCGAGCACCUCAACUCACAUCAGUACAUACCAGGGGUCAAAAUAGUUUUAAAGCCGUACAAAACCUGCCGUUCUCCACAACUCACGAGCCUUCAAACAGCACGUAUCGUUAGUGAAGCAGAUGAUGAAGUACUAAUGGGUGUGAUUGGCCCCGGUACAAGUGCAGAGACGAAUAUAAGUUCCCGGAUCCUGAGUUCGCUGCCCGGACGUUACAGACUACCUCAGGUUGUGUACGAGCCGACCUCGUCACUCUUCACGAACAAGGAUGUGUACAACAACUUGUUUAGGGUCAUACCUCCCGACAACACUCAAGUAAAGACCAUUAUCUCUCUUCUCAAAGAAUUACAUUGGAAUUACAUCUCCGUAAUUAGGGAAGAUGACGUUUACGCUAUCAAUGCUACAGAUUACUUGCAAACACUAGCCAACACGGAAAACAUAUGCAUUUCUUCCAUGGAAACAGUAGGACCCAUAUCAACAGAACUCCAAGACAGUUACCAAAGUAUCAUGAUAAAACUAUCAGCGAAAAAAAUCAAUGGAAUCGUGUUUUUUGGGAGUUACGAUCAUGCUAAAAGUUUUAUCAACUUAUGUAAUGAGGUUUCAGACAGGAACAUACCCUCUGUGAUAUUUUCGGAUUCAGCAUCAAGCACGACCGUUCUCCAUACCGGAAGUAAUGUGUUACCAAAAACAUUCUUUCUCUCUCCACCAACAAGGGUGAUAACUGAAUUUGUAGCUCAUUGGGAGAAAAUUGCCUCCAACAAAACGUUCUUGAUGGAGCGUGCGAUAAAGAAUCCUUGGUUGAAUGAAACUGUUUUGGGAACGAAUCAGUCUCUAUACGUACAAUAUUCCAUUAAGGCUGCUUUUGUGAUGGCUAUGGCACUGCGGUCACUUCACAUCCAGCGAUGCGGAGAAGCAUUCAAUGGAGCAUGCCCAGAAUUCAUCAAAGCUGAUCGGAAUUCUUUAAUCAAUAUAAUAUCAAACUUGUCAAUUAAUUUUACCGAUUUCCCUUUUAGAAUUUCAUCAUUUGAUCAGGACGAUUUGAAGAUUAGGUUUGACAGGUAUGGGGAAAUUCAACUUGUUUCUCCACAUGUCCCGAUGUAUGAAGUGUAUCGAUAUAAAGACUGCACUGGAUCGCCAGGGAAAGCGCUCUGCAAGGUCAAGGUAGCACACUACAGAAACGACAUCCUCACGUGUACCGAUAGUUUUCAAGGUUUUACUGGUUUUGCGCAAUGCAAUGGCUCAUGUCCAGAAUGUAUGACGUCAAAUCUUUCGUCAAAGGUCAUUGACAAACCGGGCGACUUGAUAGUGGUGGGGUUAAUGCCUCUUCAUGACCAAGGAUCAGUGUCUCCCUUAGCGUGUGGAAAUAUCCGUCCCAGUAUUGGACUCGAUAUUGCCAUGGCAAUCGGAUAUGUUGUAGAAGAGGUGAACAAUGCUAGUGAUAUGUUUCCGGGUAAGACUAUCGGUUACAGGAUCAUGGACACUUGUAACGACCCACUAGUCACACAGAAAAGAAUUCUGGACAUGCUGUCUAAAGAGAGAGAAUUUAGCAACAGGAUUCUUGGUGUUGUGGGACCUUUAGGAAGCACGGCAACUAUGGCAGCUGCCAGUAUAUUUAGCAGCCUCGGAAUCGUCCAGGUCGGCUGCUGUUCUUCAGCACGCAUGCUUAGUAACACCAAUAUUUACCCGACAUUUUUGCGAGUGUCAACUUCGAUUUAUAAACAAGCGGAGCUAAUGGUGAAACUGGCCAAAAAGAUGGGCGUAAACUACAUCCAAAUUGUACACAGUGAGGGUGAAUUUGGAGAAUCCGGACGAGACGCUGUUUUCCAAUUGGCACAGGAAUACGGUAUUUGUGUUGUGAACAACACUCUGUCUGUUAAUGAAAAUUCAAAUGAGUAUGAGGUACUAAGUCACAUACGCAAGCACACAGAUGCUCGCUUGGUCAUGUUCUUUCUUCGUUCACACAAGGCAUCGGUAGUCGCUAAAGCCUUGCAUGAAAAUAUGAAAAAAGACGAUGACUUCAUCUUCAUGGCUUCAGUCUCUUGGGGUAAAAGAGAAGGCAACAUAUUUGGACGGCAGAAGUUGCGUGGAAUGAUAACUAUUUCACAGGAAAUGGGAUACGACAUCGGUUACCAAGAUUAUCUGCUGUCCUUAAAUGUAUCACAGGAACGCUACCAGAACAGUUUUAUAGAGCGAUUCGCAGAAGCCAGGUUAGGAUGUUACUUCGAGUCGUCUUUUAACAAAUCUGAAAAAACUAAAUGUACUGAUGAUCACAUGAUCAAAAAAGGAACUUUAGAUCCUUGGCACGCAUUUGUCCUUAACGCGGCCUACGCUCUACUGAAGGGAGCCGACAUUGCCUUCAAAGAAAGUCGCAUGUUCGACAAGGACAUGGAGUAUUCCUUCCUUCUUGAUCAAAUCAAAAAGGUGCAAAAGAAAUAUGGCGAUUCGGUAGGUUCACGAACCUAUAUGUUCGACGAAACAGGAGACGGAACAGUUGGCUUUCAUAUAUACAAUGCGCAAAUUAACACCACAUCUGGUCAACUGAUGUAUGUUAAGGUGGGACAAUGGCAGGACGAUUUGUUAAUCUUCAAUCAGACUCUGCUGGACGAUAAAACCAAAUCUUUGGAUUCAACUUGUAAAAGCCCCAGCGGAUACUGCGCAAGGUGUUACCAAGGAAACGAUGACGAGCUGUACGUAUAG